CUGAGGGUUUAUUGGGUAACAAGAUCAACAUAUUUAUACAACGAGUUUCUAAUAAGUUACUGUACAAUUGUUUGUUAUUAUCCUGAACAUGAAACAAGAGAUGCGAAACAAUAGACCUCGCUUCGUUUAUCAAUCGGAAUGCGAGAUUUUAUUCAAUGAUGCGAUUCUACCAAAAAUUAUAUAUGUAUUGUAUCACAGGUGUGUGACAGGGAGCUUUACCCAGUAUCUAUGUUCAGAGUUGAUGUCGACGAGAGGCAGUCGAGUGAUCUUCCAGAAAGCGGAAAAAGUAGACCUUCCCAAGAAAAUUCAGAUGGUGAAAGGCGUGCAGUGGCUCCAGCAAUUACCCAUGAUGUUCAGCCGUUGAAAACUCAAAUUGCUGAUGCUUAUGGUUUCGUCAAACAUCCUAAUAAAUACCAGUGGAAGACACUACCAAGUUUUGAAGGUCAAAUCGGAAAAGGAGGCUGGGCAGCAGCAGCUCGACUGGCAGAGCAAUUCUUCAGAGACAACAACAACGGCGCAACACCAUGGAAACAUUUACUGGACAACCGAACCCCUAUCAACCUCCUUUACAUUACAGCGGCUAGAUACCUAUUUGUAACCCACGUUCUUUGGGAAAAAAGUAAUAGAAGGUUAAUCGCUUGUCAGGAAAAUAGAGCCGGAGGCAAAAAAAACCUUAUUGAAAGCAUCGAGAUCCCUGCAACUGGAGUGUGUUUUCCUUUACCUUAUGGCAGCGCCACCUACAAAUCAGACUACGACGUCGGGCUCAUCGGAAAAGACUCUGGAACCGUCACACAGAGCUUUAAUCAGUAUUUUCAAGCCGCCGCCCCGGAUGGAUUCGGAAAACCCUCGGAGCUUGUAUUUGACACAAAUGUUUACGCCUUCACCCUGGAAUUUGCUUUUCCAAAGAUGUUUCCCAAGCUACGCGAUAAUUUUGCUAAUAGAGUCGAAAAACUUGAGAUGAAAGUGAAGUACAAAAUGCAAGAAUUGGCCAGUGCUUAUUACAAGGUGUUUAAGUACAACAACGAUUUCUAUACAGUGUUGACGAGUUCAGCCCAAAAUAGAAUGCUAGCGGCUCCCAAGCAAGUGUUAAAUGGGUGGCUGACAACCUUCGGUGACUUAAACACCGCAGAAAGUUUCAGACAAGGGCCAGACACAAGCGAUCAUGACUUCAGACUCGCCCACAACAAUAAGUACCAAGCGUUUGUGGCAGCCGUGUCACAAAACGGAGGAUAUAACCCAAACAUGAUAGACAACGUUGCGAAGGCCCUACUCUACGCUGCUGAGGCGUAUCAUACCCGUGGCGCCAUACGACAUGUGGUAGUGGGCAUGCAGAUGAAGGUGUUCGUAAGGCCCACGUUGAACACACCGCUGUCAACCUACGACCUGUGGGUGUCCAUGAUUGAAAACUGGGGAGAUGCAAAUAAGGAGUAUCAACACUGUGGUCAUGAUAACCUCCUCAUAAAGGCGUGCUUGAACAAAAUGAGCAAAUAUUUGGCGAGGAUGUUCGAUGCCAUGCGACCGAUCCGUAAGCGCAUACAAGGAAACGAAAAAAAUCGAAUGAUAGACAUGGGUGACCCCGCGGGAUAUGCGGACUUAUGGCGGCGUGAGGGUCAGAGAGCACAAGCUGUAACUUAUUACAGGUUUUUGAAACAGUUCCAAUGCAUGGCAAUGGUAAACGUAAACGCAGAGGCACCCGUCGCUAAUCAGCCUCUAUCAAGUAAUUGUAUGGCAAACAUCAACAACGUAGUGAACACUUAUAAUGCAGUCCUGGCAGGUCUCGUGACCAACAAGGACGGAAAAGGGAUGUAAGCCCCAUUCUCCUUGUGAAGACCUCACAGAACAAGUAAUGACUUCUCCUGACAACGCCAAUACACUAUCAAGCAACAGGUGGGGAGAAUUAUGCAAAUCAUCAAGAGACCCAAAUAGUAUUGAUUAUACCUCCAAAUUUUCACAAAGGAUUUUAACUUGCAAGAAUAGUUUCCAAUCAGAUGUAGGCUGGGUAGUCAUCAUAGAUCACCAAAGCAGUACAGCUUCACUGUUAUAUCUAGCCAUUAACUUACUCAUAUUUAAAGUAUACAUAAUCAGUGUCUACAUUAUAAGGCAAAAGAGUCCUUUAUUAGUAGAAAAAGUUCCCAUAAACAAAUGAAAAUGUCUUAUAACAUGAAGAAUCAAUAGGAAAAAUAUGACCUAAUAAGAAUCAAAAUCUACAAAAACUGGAAAUAACACGCAAUAUCGAUGUUUGAAGUUCCUGCUUGCCGCCAUUUUGAAUCGUUUGACGCCACACGGUUGCCGUUCUGGAUCGUUACCAGUAACUGAGCAACUCCGCACCUACCCCUCCCCUAAUCCAAAUUAAACGUUCACUUGCUUAAAGUUGACUGUUUUGGUUUAGGGCGGGGAGGGGUGGGUGUGCAAGUGCUCAGAUACUUCCAUUGAUCAUUCAUUAUUAUAACCAAACAACAGCUCCUAUGAUCGUGAGGCUCUGAUCAGUCAUUAAGCAGAUCAUAGUUUCCAGUGAUGGAUCUUGGGGGGUACACGGGGGGGGGCGACCACCUCCACCCCCUCCCCUCCUGAUUUUGGGUAAAAAAAAGUAGACACAUAGGGAAGAAGAGCCGCAGGUGGACACACGGAAACAAAACCGCACCCCCUCCCCCUCCUCCCUUAGCUCAAAGUCUGGAUCCGAGGCCUGGAUCCGCCACUGGUUUCAACCAGGAAAUUAAAGUCACACGAUCUAACUCCUCCGCAAGCACGAAAUUCCACUUUCAAAGGCCGUAUCUGUUUCGCUUUUUUCUUACAAAACAACGCUUUUUUCACAUUAAUGCAGAAAAAUUUUAACUUUAAAGAUCAACUUAGAUAACUUGACGACCAUCUGUUCUGACAGUAGUGGUUUGGUAUAAAGAAUGAGAGAAGCCGAUAUACGCCCUCGUGGCAUGAGAAUACUUAACUACCAAGAUCUUAUUAUUAUUCUCCUCACUAGCUGCUACACAUUUACUCGUAUAGUUUUUAAGAGAAUUUGGUGUUUAAUCAAGACAACAAAUUCUAUCUGAUAAGCUUGAGAAAUAUCAUUAUCGAGAGAAGUUGCAUGUUAAUCACUUCAACUCUUAUCUUCCGGUAAUCUUUUAUUUACAAUAGUCGUUGCAUGAUACCUAACUAAGAUAUUCGAGAUCUAAAACCAAGAGAGAAAACCCUGGAGAUUAUAAAAUCGGUGAAAGAAUCCAUAAUUGCACUUUGGAAAUCAUUGAUUAAGCAGUAGAUGUUUUAAGAGAUAGACCAUUUUACGUAAAAACUUUUAAAGUGACACCUGCACUGCUAGCAGUCUCACUCAUUAGGACGAAGUGAGACUGAUCUGGGACCAUGUUGGUCACGCGCGUCCUUAAUGGGAGCCAUUCUAUUAUCUAACGUAUUUUAGAACGCAUGAAGUCUUUACUUAGGUUGCAGUUCUUGACUCUUGGUAACUUUGAGGCUCGACUUCCAGCCGCCGUUCGGGAACCGGAGCUCGCGUUCCUGCCCGAAGAGGGAGGAACGGAAAAGACCGGAUCAGAGAGAGGGGCGGAAAUCGAGCCUAGGUAACUUUGCGUGAUUGUUCAUCCCUGUCGGAGAGCCAGGGAAAAAGCUGUGAUAUCGAUGAAGAUUGCGCGGAGCUGUCCGGAACGUGAUUACCUUCAUAUCAUACUAAAAUACCGACAGGCUUUAUACUAAAUAGCAAUUGUUUUAUUUGGAUAUAGUGAACUUGAGAGAAGAUUCGACUGGGCUUCCGACCAGCUUGAACCAGAAAGUGGUCUUAAGUAUAAGCGUAACGAUUUCUUCCUUACACAAGUUUAAACUGUUCUUACCAAAUAUGAGCGACUAAAAGUCCGGACCGCCUAUUGUUAUCAUCGAAUUAUCUUAGCCGCAUUUAACGAAACAAAACAAAAAAAAACUAAAGCCAGUAGUCGUACUCAACACUUUAACAACAAAACGAGGAUUACUUUCUCAUAUGGAUUACUUCCUAUGCAAACACCUCUAAGUUAAUUUAAUUUGUGAGGACCAUUUUCAUCUUGUUGAA